UAAUAGCCGGCUAUACACAGAGUUUCGAGGAAUGUGACUAGAAUGUAAACAGUAGUGAUCAGGUGCUAGCUAACUGUGGUUAACGUUGGCGGAAUCUGACAUUGGUGCUGUUGUCGCUGAAUCGCACACAACUACGGCCUCAAGAUAGAUGCUUUGGGUUCAGAUGGUGCCUUUUUACUGAUCCCUUAUGCGCCGUCUCCUUCUUGUCGUUUGAUUGCAUACAUGAUUAAAACGCUGUCACCAUGACCAAAGACAUCGUUGUUGGUGAUGAAUUGCCAGACUGGGUGGGGGCCAAGGAGUUUUACCAGAAAUAUGACCCUAAAGAGGUGAUUGGCAGAGGUGUGAGCAGCGUAGUGCGCAGGUGCGUGCACCGACACACAGGUCAGGAGCUGGCAGUUAAGAUUAUUGAGAUCACGGCGGAGAAGAUGACGGUCCAGCAGCUGGAGGAGGUGAAAUCCUCCACCCUGAAAGAGAUACAAGUGCUCAACAUGGUGAAGGGACACUCCUCCAUCAUCACUCUCAUUGAUUCCUACGAAUCCACAACUUUCAUAUUUUUGGUGUUUGACCUCAUGAGACGAGGAGAGCUGUUUGACUACCUCACAGAAAAAGUUACUUUGAACGAGAAGGAAACUAGGAGUAUGAUGCGAGCUCUGCUGGAGGCCGUGCAAUACCUCCACUCACUCAACAUCGUGCACCGGGAUCUGAAACCUGAGAACGUUCUCCUGGAUGAUGAAGGGCACAUCAAACUGUCUGACUUUGGUUUCUCAGUGCAGCUGCAGCCUUGGGAGAAGCUUCGAGAGCUUUGUGGAACACCUGGUUAUUUGGCCCCCGAAAUACUGAAAUGUUCCAUGGAUGAAAUGCACCCGGGCUAUGGAAAGGAGGUCGACCUCUGGGCGUGUGGAGUCAUCCUCUUCACCUUGCUGGCCGGCUCGCCUCCGUUCUGGCACCGCAAGCAGAUGCUGAUGCUCAGGAUGAUCAUGGAGGGUCGCUAUCAGUUCACCUCCCCAGAGUGGGAUGACAGAUCUGACACUGUGAAAGAUCUGAUCUCCAGACUGUUGGUGGUGGACCCAGCUGUCCGUCUCACUGCCGAGCAAGCUUUAGCCCAUCCAUUCUUUAGACAGUACCAGAAAGAGGAUGUGCGUCUCUUCAGUCCCAGAAAGAGUUUUAGGGUCUUGAUAGUGAGCGUGCUUGCCUGUAUUAGGAUGUACAGCCGUUACCGCAGGGUUCGCCCACUAACCCGAGAGGUACUCGCCAGAGAUCCGUAUUCCUUGCGCGGCGUCCGCAAGCUCAUCGACGGCUGCGCCUUCCGCAUCUAUGGGCACUGGGUGAAGAAAGGGGAACAACAGAAUCGAGCGGCUCUCUUUCAGAACACGGCUAAGAUCAUGCUGCUGGAUCUGGAGGACUUUGAAACAUAAAAAGGUCAACCUCAUAACGAAACACUGUAAUUUAUAUUUAACCGUCUGCAUGUCCUGUCAGUGUUUGUCUUGUCAAUUGACUGUUUAAUUCUAAGAUGAGGAAUUCAGGGAUCUAGAUGUUUGUGUGCCUUAACGUGCACCCUGGCUCUGCAAGUCUACGAUAAGCACGCACAGCUUCUUGUUCCUUAUCUGUGUUUUAAUGCAAGAUUGUGGCUAUCUGAAACUCUUUUUGUCAGGUCAUCAAGUUUGCAGUGCACUUUGCAAUAGAGGACACAUUGCACAAUCAUUUGCUAAAAAUCCAGUAUAGAGGUCCAUGAUGUAUAUUAAGGUUGAUCAUCCGUUAAAACUAAGGAGAGUUUUUUUUAAGCACUGUUUGGGUGAAGUGGAAAUUAAAGCACUGUGAUUAGUUAUUUAAACAUACUUGUAUUAAAGGUUAGUGUUACACAUAUUCCAGUACAGGGAGACACAUGUGAAACAUUAUUAUUGUUAAUAGUGUUUAUGGUAGAGGAUCCUGUAUGCAUGCAAACAUUCCUCUAUAGGGAACCCACUCAUACUAACUGUGAAGAUUUUUUGCAGCUGUAUUUUAAAUUAACCACCAUUCCUUAUUCAGUUCAUUGUUAUGUCUCGUACGGAGCACUUUUUCUUAAAGUGUCAGUUUAAGAGAAGUACAAAUGCAGAUUUAUGUUGUACUGUGUAAAACAACUUUUUAUUGACAAUUAAACCUAUGUUUGAAUUGUC